AUGUGGAACGGGAUAUCCUGCAACAAUCAGACCAACCACGUUGUCAAGGUUACCGUCUCGUUUGGGUACAUUCAAGGCGUGAUCUCUGACAGCUUGUGCGAACUUCGUUUCCUCACAUCACUGACGAUAUACGGAGUAACAGGUACUGUUCCUCUCUGUCUGGGAAAUCUCCAAUUUAUUCAAACCUUAGAUUUAUCUUUGAAUAAUUUGAGAGGGAUAAUUCCCUCUUCCAUUUGUCUUCUCACGCACCUUACAUCCCUUAAACUUCAGGGGAAUGAAUUCAAUGGAAGCAUCCCUUCCUGCUUGGCCAAUCUUUCCUCUUUAACCUACCUUGACCUUUGUCGAAACCAGCUUACUGGAAGCAUACCACCUUCUCUGGGUAAUAUUUCCUUCCUUCAAUAUUUAGAUCUUUCCGAGAACCAAUUAAGUGGGAACAUACCGAUUUCUCUUGGAAGUCUAAUUUUGUUAAGUAAUCUAUACCUUGGACGAAAUCCAGUGAGCGGCAACAUUCCGAGUUCUUUAAGCAAUCUCUCUUUACUCCAGGUGCUGGAUCUUGGGGACACUCAACUAAGUGGGACCAUUCCCCCUUCAUUCAGUCAGCUGUCCUCCCUUAUUCGCUUGUACGCUAAUGGCAAUCUCUUCAACGAAACUAUUGCUUCUUCGCCACUUCCACCUUCUUUGGUUGAGCUAUACCUCGCACUAAACCAUAACCUGUCAAUUUCAGAAGCUUUCUUUCACAACCUUACAAGCUUGAAGUCACUGUAUUUAUCCGAUUGUGUUGUAAAUAUUAGCAAAAGCUGGCUUCCAUCCUUUCAGUUAGCGACUAUAAGUUUGGUGUCAUGCAUGAUUGGCCAUGAAAUUCCACCUUGGAUUUCAACACAAUCUUUGCUUAAAACCUUAGAAUUAGUUAACACCAGUCUUGUGGGAGAAAUUCCUUCUUGGCUAUGGGAAACCAAUCCAUUGCUGCAAUCUCUAAAUCUUUCAGGAAAUCAUCUAGAAGGAACUCUAUUUUCAAAUACUUCAAUAUGGAUGCAACUAAUGCUGCUCGAUGUAUCUAGAAACGUAUUGAGUGGGCACAUCCCAUCAAAUUGGUCCCCCAAUAUGGAACAAUUGUUGAUCAGUGACAAUUCAUUCAGUGGAAAUAUUCCUUCAAGCUUGGGCUCUUUAUUUAAUCUCCAGCUAUUAAAUCUUGCAAACAACUACUUAACAGGAGUGAUCCCUUUUAGCUUGGGAAACUUGUCUAAAGUCGAGUUGUUAAAUGUUGCAAACAAUUACUUAACUGGAGUCAUCCCUAUAAGUUUGGGUAAAUUAUCUCUACUCUUGCUAUUAAAUCUUGCAAACAACUACCUAACAGGAGUGAUCCCUUCAAGUUUGUCCAAAUGCUCUUCCCUCAAUGUCAUAAAUUUGGGAAAUAAUAGUUUGGAGGGAAGCUUACCCAACAACUUCAGUCAGCUAAGUGAAUUAUAUUCAUUAGUUGUUCAUAGUAACAGCUUGAAUGGGUCAUUCCCCUUCUCAGUAUUAAAUUGUUCAAAGCUGCAGGUGCUUGAUAUUGGGGAUAACUUGUUUGGAGGUGAAAUACCAUCAUCAAUUAGAAGUCUUCUUGAGCUAAGAGUAUUGGUGAUGAAGGAGAACAAUUUUAUAGGCAAUAUUCCUCUUGAGAUUGGCCAACUAAGGAGCCUUCAGAUCUUGCUGCUUUCUUCCAAUCAUAUCUCAGGCUCAAUUCCACCCACAAUUGUAUCAUUGGAAGCAAUGGCAAUAGAAAAUCAAGAUGGUUUUGUAUUGUCAGCUUCCAAUGUUCCUUAUCAAGAUGGGUUGGAAAUGAAUUCAAAAGGCACAGAUCAACACUAUGAAUAUAUUCUUUCCACUCUCACAUCCAUAGAUUUGUCAAAUAAUGAAUUGGAGGGAGAAAUUGCUGCAGAUUUUGGAAAUUUGAAGGGGUUGAGACUUCUAAACCUUUCAAUGAAUGGUUUGAAAGGGACCAUUCCAACUAGUUUGGGAAAAAUGAGUCAGUUGGAGUCAUUAGACCUUUCAAGAAAUUAUUUUUCUGGGGAAAUCCCUAUAGAGCUUGAAUCUCUAAACUCCUUGGGUUCACUAAAUUUAUCAAACAACAAUCUUUCAGGAAAUAUACCACAAGGACAACAUAUAACUAGCACAUUUGGAGAAUCCUCUUAUUCAAGUAACCCAUAUUUAUGGGGAUGUCCCCUACCCAAAAAUUGUUCGUGGAAACAAUUUUCUCCUCCUCAUCCUCCUCCAAUUUCAAUGAACAAAGAAAAAAGUAGUGCUAAAUAUUCAUGGUAUAAGAUAGCAAUGGGAUUGUCAUGUGGAAUAGCUUUUGGAGGGAUUGUAUCAUUGAUCCACACAAGGAUAAGUUGGAGAAGGAAAUAUUAUAAUAAAGUUGAUAAAAUCUUAAAUUCUAUAUUUCCAUGGACGAAGAAUUUGGAGCUAUGA